AUGCCUAGCCACCCUCACCCCCUCGCCCCGCUGAGCGAGGCCGAGUUUCAAAAGACCCGUGAUAUUGUCCGCGCCCUCCAUGGGCCCGACACCUCCAUCCUCUUCCGUGCCAUCCUCCUUGACGAGCCUGCCAAGGACAUCCUGGUACCCUACCUCGAGGCCGAGCACGCCGGCAAGCUCGACGGCUCGGUCCCCGUACCGCCGCGCCAGGUCCUGGUCGAGCACGAUCUCAUCACCCCGCCUGCCAACCACCAGUAUAUCCGCACCGUUGUCAACGUCGACAAGGCAGAGGUCGUCUCGCAGAAGGUAGCCGGUGAGGGCAUCAAGCCGUACCUCGCAGGGGACGAGAUCGGCGACAUGCUUCUCGGCAUCUGCCUCCAGUCCGACCUCUACAGGGAGGCCAUGUCCGAGUUCGCCAUCCCGGACGGCUUCGAGGUGACGAUUGAUCCGUGGCCGUACGGCGGGGCGGAGCAGGCCGGAGAGCCUCGCUACAUCCAGGGUCUCGUCUUCGCCAAGGACACGACCACCGGCAACCCGGACUCGAACCACUACUCCUUCCCCAUCCCCAUCGUCCCCGUCAUGGACUUCGCCACCAGAGAGAUCAUCCGCGUCGACCGCCUGGCCACGGGCGGCGCCGGCGACUCGCUGGCCCCCGCCGCCCGGGCCGGCGAGCCGAGGAAGCUGCACAACUCGCCCCAGCAAGGCGAGUACGUGCCCGAGCUGCGGCCCGAGCCCAGGCGCGAGGGCCUGAAGCCGCUCAACGUCGUCCAGCCCGAGGGGCCGUCCUUCACGCCGCACGCCGACGGCCUCGUCGAGUGGCAGAAGUGGAGGUUCCGCGUCGGCUUCACGCCGAGGGAGGGCGCGGUGCUGCACGACGUCUGCUACGACGGCAGGCCGGUCGCGUACCGGCUGAGCUUCAGCGAGCUCACGGUCCCCUACGGCGACCCGCGGCCCCCCUACCACCGCAAGCAGGCCUUUGACUUUGGCGACACCGGCGUCGGCAGGGCGGUCAACAACCUCAGCCUGGGGUGCGACUGCCUGGGCGCGAUCCACUACAUGGACACGCUGCUCACCGCGCCCGACGGGUCGGCCAAUCCGUCCAAGUCGGUCAUCUGCCUGCACGAGCAGGACAACGGCGUGCUGUGGAAGCACACCAACUUCCGUACGGGCCGCGGCGUCGUCACGCGCAUGAGGGAGCUCGUCGUGCAGUUCAUCGCCACCCUGGCCAACUACGAGUACAUCUUCAUCUACAAGCUUGACCUGUCCGGCGCCCUGACGUUCGAGACGCGCGCCACGGGCAUCAUGAGCGUCGUGUCCAUCGACGAGGGCAAGACGAGCGCAUACGGCAACGUCGUCGGGCCCGGCGUCCUAGCCCAGAACCACCAGCACGUCUUCGCCAUCCGCAUCGACCCGGCCAUCGACUCCUACGGCCCGGCCGACACCCAGGUCGUCAUCGAGGAGAGCGUCGGCCGCAGGAUAGACCCGGACACCAACCCCUUUGGCAACCUGUACGAGAUCGAGAGGCGCACCGUCGAACGCGCCGCCUGGGUCGACGCCGACUCCCGCCGCAACCGCACCCUCCGGCUCGAGAACAGGACGAGGCUGAACCCGGUCUCCGGCAAGAACGUCGGCUUCAAGAUCAUCUCCCCCGAGACGCAGCUCCUGCUCGCCGACCCGGACAGCACCCAGGCCAAGCGCGCCCCCUUCGCCCAGCACCACUUCUGGGUCACCGGAUACAGGGACGGCGAGCUGUGGGCCGCAGGCGAGUUCACCAACCAGACGGCCGAGGAGAUCGACGGCGUCGGCGCCAUGGUCGAGCGGGGCGACUGGUUCACCGACGGCGACGCCGGCGACAAGGCCUCCGCUGGUGGCCGCAGGAGCAGCCCCGUCGUCUGGACCGUGUUCGGCCUCACCCACAACCCCAGGGUCGAGGAUUGGCCUGUCAUGCCUGUCGAGGUGCACCAGGUACACCUCCGUCCUGCGGACUUCUUCACGUCCAACCCGGCGCUCGACGUUCCUUCGGACCGCAACCAGGCCAGUGUUCGUGUCGGAUGCUGUGCUAAGCCAGAAUGA